CCCAGCAUUGUGGUGGGUGCCUGUAGUCCCAGUUACUUGGGAGGCUGAGGCAAGAGAAUCGCGUAAGCCCAGGAGUUGGAGGUCGCUGUGAGCUGUGAUGUCAAGGCACUUUACCCAGGAGUUUACCCUUGGAUGCUCCUGCUGAUAUGGAGAAGGUUGAGGAGCAAUUUGCUAAUAUGCACAUAUACAGAUGUUCCUCAGGAACUGAAGAGCCCACUUACCUUCUCGGCAUAGACCCAUCAAAGACUGUACAAACAGAAAAAGAAAGCUUGGUGGCUGUUUUAUGUUCUAAUGGAUCAAUCAGAAUAUAUGAUAAAGAAAGGUUAAACAUACUACAGGAAUUUAGUGGGCACCCUGGACAUCUCAGUGGAGUCAGAUUUGCUAAUUCCUGUGACACUGUGUAUUCUGCAUGUACUGAUGGCACUGUGAAAUGUUGGGAUGCUCGGUUAGCCAGUGAAAAACCUGUACAGUUGUUCAAAGGUUACCCUUCCAAUGUGUUUAUCAGCUUUGACAUCAACUGUAAUGACCAUGUCAUUUGUGCUGGUACUGAAAAAGCUGAUGAUGAUGCGUUGUUGGUAUUUUGGGAUGCAAGAAUGAAUUCUCAGUAUUUGUCUACUACCCAAGACCCACUUGGUACAUACUCAGAGACACAUAGUGAUGACAUCACUCAAGUACGUUUCCAUCCCAGCAAUCCCAACAUGGUGGUCUCAGGUUCAACAGAUGGCCUGGUAAAUGUAUUUGAUAUUAGUGUUGAUAAUGAAGAGGAUGCACUGGUUACAACCUGUAACUCGGUCUCAUCAGUAAGCUGCAUCGGUUGGUCUGGUAAAGAUUAUAAACAGAUUUACUGCAUGACCCAUGAUGAAGGAUUUUGUUGGUGGGAUCUGAAUCAUCUAGAUACUGAUGAGCCAAAUACACGUUUGAACAUCCAGGAUGUCAGAGGAACAGUUAACAUGAAAGAAGGUAUUUUGGACUAUUUGAUUGGUGGCCUAUAUCAUGAAAAGAUGGAUCAAUUGUUUGUUAUUGGAGGAACAAACAAAGGAAAGGUUCACUUAAUGAACUGCACCACCUCAGGGCUGAUGCAUAUGAGCAGCCUUCAGGGAGGGCACACUGCCACAGUUCGUUCUUUCUGUUGGAAUAUGCAGGAUGAUUCUCUGCUGACUGGGGGAGAGGAUGCACAGUUGUUACUUUGGAAACCUAGUACAGAGAAGACCUUUACAAAGAAAGACAGCAUGAAAAUUGCAUCCUCUGUGCACCAGCGAGUACGAGUUCACAGUAACGAUUCUUAUAAGAGAAGGAAAAAACAGUGAUGUCCCAUUAGCACUCUACUUGGUAGGUUUUAUAGUUUCAAUUGACCAAAAUGUCAUUAUGUGAAAAAAAUAAAGAAUAGAAAUACACGGAGUUUCAAGUUAUUUUUGUUUAGUACCUGUGGUGGACAGGUUUA